AUGACAUCCUCCACCACCUCCAGGCCGCCGCCGCAACCAGCAUACCAAGCCACGCCCGGCUCCAUCCUCAACGUCAACCGCAACUUCUACUCCACCCUCGCCAAAGCAGACCGCACCCCGAUCGAAGCCUUCACCCUCCCCAUCCGCUCCGGACGCGCCUGGACCGUUCCCGCCGGCCACAUUGUGCGCUUGUCCACACCGGAGGGCCCGCAAGUCGGCGAUCUGAACAUCUGGAAUCUGCACAAUCCGCGGGAACGCUUCUGGGCAGCGCGCACGCGGCAAUUGCACGCCAGCCAUGUGAGCACGUAUGAUCGGCUGUGGAGCUGUCUGCCGUACUUGCGGCCUAUGGUGACGAUCAUCGCGGACACGCUGGGGGGUCGCGAGGGGUACGAUGUUGACGAAUGGGGGGGACGGUGUCACGAUCUGCUGGGGACGAGGUGUGAUCCGUACGUCAAUCAGAUGCUGAGCGGGGACGAGUAUGAUUUCCACUGUCAUUCGAAUUUGACGCGCGCGGUGCUGCCGUACGGGCUGACGGAGUUUGAUGUGCACGAUGUGUUGAAUGUGUUUCAGGUGACGGGGUUGGACAAGGAGGGGCGGUAUUUCAUGGAGGCGUCGCCGGCGACGCGCGGGGAUUACAUUGAGUUCUUUACGGAGCAGCCAGUGUUGAUGGCGCUGUCGACUUGUCCGGGUGGUGAUUUGUCUACGUGGGGAUGGGGCGAGGGUGGAGGGGGAGAGGAGGGGGAGAAGAAGAGUAUGGUGGAGUGCUGUCGGCCGCUGGGGGUGGAGGUGUUUGCAUUGACCGACCCGGCGGUGUUGAGCGGGUGGAGUGAACCGCAGCCUCCAAAAUAUCGCGGACGCCACGGGAUGCAGAUACCGGGUGGAGAGGCAUAG